CGCUCUCCAUUAGAGCAGACCGUGCUUCUCCUUGCAACGACUGCUCCAAGUGAUACCACAGACUCGAUCAAUAGCCUGUCCCAAUGGAGGCGAGGUGCUUGCUGCUCUUGGCCGUACUCCUUUUGGUGGGAUCUCAUGGUGGCGAAGCGCAGCCGCUCGUGCCGGCGCUCUUCACAUUCGGCGACUCAACGGUCGACAUAGGUAACAAUGACUACCUCCACACCCUCAUCAAGGCGGACUUCCCUCCCUAUGGCAGGGACUUCAAGAACCGUGUGGCCACGGGGAGGUUCUGCAAUGGCAAGCUGGCUACCGAUCUUACUGCUGAUACGCUGGGGUUUACUAGCUACCCACCCGCGUAUCUCAGCCCAGAGGCGUCAGGGAAGAACCUUUUGAUCGGAGCCAACUUCGCCUCUGCUGGAUCAGGCUACUACGAUCACACGGCACUUAUGUAUCAUGCCAUCCCUUUCUCCCAACAAUUGGACUACUUCAGGGAGUACCAAUCCAAGCUGGCAGCGGUGGCUGGAAGCAGCCAGGCUAAGUCCAUCAUCACGGGCUCAUUGUACAUCAUCAGCUUCGGUGCAAGUGACUUUGUCCAGAACUACUACAUCAACCCUUUGCUCUUCAAGACCCAGACCGUUGACCAGUUCUCUGACCGGCUUGUCAGCAUCUUCGUCAACAGCGCGACGCAACUUUACGGUAUGGGAGCACGGCGCAUCGCUGUCACGACAUUGCCACCCCUAGGCUGCCUCCCCGCGGCAAUCACACUGUUCGGUCACGGGAGCAGCGGGUGCGUGACGAGGCUCAACAGCGACUCCCAGAGGUUCAACGGGAAGAUGAGCGCCGCCGUCAACUCGCUGGCGAAGAGGUACCAUGAUCUUAAGAUCGCGGUCUUCGACAUCUACACUCCUCUGUACAGCCUCGUUACUUCUCCUGAAUCACAAGGCUUCACCGAGGCGAAGCGGGGAUGCUGCGGGACAGGGAGGGUGGAGUUCACGGUGUUCCUCUGCAACCCCAAGUCGGUCGGGACCUGCUCGAACGCGACAAGCUACGUGUUCUGGGACGCCGUCCACCCGUCGGAGGCAGCGAACCAAGUGAUCGCCGACUCUCUCCUCGCAGCGGGCAUUGACCUGGUCACAUAAGGCACCUGCCAUUGGUCAGCAAAUGCCAUUAGAAGAAGGCUACACACGCUUUCCAAGCGUCUUGAAAGGAAAAUAAUGUCUGUGAAAAAACUCUGCCAAGUGUGUCGAUGCAGAGGCUUGCACUUAUUUCAGGUUGUGGCGUGCUUUUCAGCCCUGUAGAAGGACAUGGUUUACAAAAGAACAGCUCGGAAAUCCUCUUUUUUAUGUCAUUGAAAUUUGACCAUCGUGUUUUCAUAAAUGAUGAUUGCAAUGUUCUUUUUUGAAUGGAAUGCGUGUUUCACUUUA